CUGCGCGGUUCGCUGCAGGAGACGGUCCAGUCAUUCAGAGUGACCAAUGAGGAGCUGAGAGACACGGCUAACUCUACUGACCUACAGGACUGUAACAAGCUCUGUCACUGUCUCCAGUUGAAGAUGUUAGGACGAGGGUUCCCCUGGUCCAGACUCUUCAUGGCUUUACUGGUGUUUGCUGCCGGGUUCAUUACACACGACAUCCGAUCACGUGGCUCCUUCACAGACUCCACCACAGCAAGCUAUCUCCACAGUUCAGGGGUGAUGGGCGUGUCUCAACAGGCCUGGAGCAAAGUCACUCUCUACUCACAACAGGGCUUCAGCUGGCUGGACACCAACACUCCCUACUACUACUCAGAGUGUGUUCGUGUGUUGAGUCCGGUACUGGAGCAGAACUGGGAGAGAACUAAAGAUGCUGCCAUCUACAUCUCACAACUCACAACACAACUCAUUGACUGGAUCUAUCACAACACACCCCUACUAGUACAAUGGCUGAGUUCCAGCACUCCGGACAGUGUGUUCCUGCUGAUUGACUACCUGAAGCAGCUGUUACUGUUCCUCCAUACCAACUACCUGCUGCCAGCUCUCACACACACCUCCCAUCUAAUAGUCAGGCCUGGACGGCACUGCACGACUCCUGCAG